AUGCUUGAAGUGUUGCAGGUGAUUGUGUUAUUUAUCUUGUUCUGGGUUUGGUUCUCUGUGAUGGGAGGAAGUAUCUCAAAAGACUCGACCAGAGGCCGAGGUCCUCAGAGGUAUGAUCAGAGGUAUUCUCGAAGCCUGUUUGCGAGCUCGUCUGUGUCUUCUUGGGGACAUUAUGGAGAUCAGAAUAGCACUUAUCAUACACCAAACCAUCCAUCUGCAAGUCCUGCCCCCUCCUACAAUACUGGAAGACAAACUCAAAAGAGUCUUGAGAGGAAGUAUUCACGGAUUGCUGAUAACUACCGCUCCAUCGAUGAGGUUACUGCUGCUCUUUCACACGCUGGUUUGGAGUCCUCGAAUCUGAUUGUUGGUAUUGAUGUCACCAAGAGCAACGAGUGGACAGGGGCGAGAUCAUACGGUAGGAAGAGCCUGCAUUACAUUGGAACAACUCCAAACCCUUACCAGCAAGCUAUAUCCAUCAUUGGAAAAACUUUAUCGGUUUUUGAUGAAGAUAACUUGAUCCCAUGUUAUGGAUUCGGAGAUGCUACAACUCAUGAUCAGGAUGUCUUCAGUUUCAAUCCCAAUGAUAAAUUCUGUAACGGGUUUGAAGAAGUUCUCAUGUGUUACAGAGACAUUGUUCCCCAGCUCCGGCUUGCAGGUCCGACAUCUUUUGCACCCAUCAUCGAAAGGGCCAUGACAAUUGUGGAAGAAAGUGGCGGUCAGUACCAUGUUCUUCUCAUAAUCGCUGAUGGACAGGUGACAAGAAGUGUUGAUACGGAGCAUGGGGCAGUCAGUCCACAAGAGCAGCAAACCAUUGACACCAUUGUUAGAGCAAGUGAGUAUCCAUUGUCGAUAGUUCUUGUUGGUGUUGGAGAUGGCCCCUGGGACACCAUGAAACAGUUUGAUGACAACAUCCCUGAUCGUGCCUUUGACAAUUUUCAGUUUGUGAAUUUCACGAAUAUAAUGUCAAAGAACAUUGAUCCGGCAAGAAAAGAGGCAGAAUUUGCGCUUUCCGCUUUGAUGGAGAUACCGUCUCAGUACAAAGCCACCCUUGAGUUAGGAUUACUAGGACGAAGAACCGGAAAUUAUCCAAACAGGAUUGCGCUUCCACCACCAACUUAUGCUACUCAAUCUAUGCGCAACAGUCCAAGAACUUCAAGAUCAACCAGCUUUCAGAACAGAACACCACAACCAUAUGAUAUUGGUGUUGCCACUGCACCACUUUCACAAGCUCGUAAUGAUGGCCAGGUAUUGCAUGUAAAUGAGCUUUGCCCGAUAUGUCUAGUGAUACCAAAGAACAUGGCUUUCAAUUGUGGUCACCAGACUUGCUCAGAAUGUGGUGAAGACCUCAGUGUUUGCCCUAUUUUCCGGAGCUCAAUCUCGGUUCGUAUCAAGCUUUAUUAA